AUGAACUCCACCGUACCCCCUCUUGUUCUCGCUUUCUCUCUCUCUCUCUCUCUCUCUCUCUCUCUCGAAAGAGAGACAGAUAGUGCCUUUCCUUCUUCCUCACCAUUCUUCUCCCCUCUUCUUUCCAUCUUUUCCUUCCUUCUUUCUCUCUUAUUUCUUCUUUCCUUUCUUUCUCCACUCCCUCUUCCUUCUUUCUUCACCCCUUCCCUUUCUUCUUUCCUUCCUACAUUUUUCCUUCCUUUCAUCUCUUCUUUCACUUUCAAUCACUUUCUUCCUUUCUUAACUGCAUUUCAUUCUCUCUUCCUUCGUUCCUUCCUUCCUUUCUUAACUACACUUCAUAGCUUUCUUCUACCUCUCCUUUCCUCCCUUUCUUUCAUUCUUUUUCUUUCUUUCUUUCUUUUCUUACUUUCUUUCUUUCUUUUCACCUUUCUUUUCUUCCUUUAUCUACUUCCUUCCUUCUUUCUUUCCUUCCUUCCUUUCGUAGCUUCUUCCUAUUUCUCCCUUCCUUAUCUUCCUUCGUUCAUUCUUUCCUUCCUCCUUCCCUUCCUUUCUAUUCAUAUAUUCCUUCCGUCCUUCCUUCCUUCUCUUUCAAGUAUUCCUUCCUUCUUUCACUACCUACCUUCUACCUCCCUUUUCGCUUCCUUCUACCUCCCCCUUCUUUCGUUUUCUCUUCCCUUUCAACCUCCUUCUUUCCUUCUUUCUACCUCCCCCUUCUUUCAUUUCCUUCUACCUCCCCCAUUCUUCUUUCUACCUCCCCUUUCCCCUUCUACCUCCCCUUCUUUCCUUCCUUCUACCUCCCCCCUUCUUUCUUUCUUCUACCUCCUCUUCUUUCCUUCCUUCUACCUCCCCCCCUUCUUUCGCUUUCUUUUUACCCCUUCUUUCGCUUUCUUCUACCUCCCCCUUCUUUCGCUUUCUUCUACCUCCCCCUUCUUUCGCUUCCUUCUACCUCCUCCCACUUUCGCUUCCUUCUUUCUUUCCUUUCUUCUCUCCUUCCUUCUCUUUCUCGACUCCUCUUCAUCCCCUUCCAGAUUCUCAGCCCCAGGGUACUUGCCCUCGACCCUACUUGCUGGGUUCCUAUCGCACUCUCCCCCCCCCUCUCUCUCUCUCUCUCUAUCUAUCUAUCUAUCUAUCUCAGUCUUUUCGUAUCUAUCUAUCUAUCUAUCUAUCCAUCUAUCUAUCUAUCUAUCUAUCUAUCUAUCUAUCUAUCUAUCUAUCUAUCUAUCUAUCUAUCUCAGUCUUUUCGUAUCUAUCUAUCUAUCUAUCUAUCUAUCUAUCUAUCUAUCUAUCUCAGUCUUUCGUAUCUAUCUAUCUAUCUAUCUAUCUCAGUCUUUUCGUAUCUAUCUAUCUAUCUAUCUAUCUAUCUAUCUAUCUAUCUAUCUAUCUCAGUCUUUUCGUAUCUAUCUAUCUAUCUAUCUAUCUAUCUCAGUCUUUCGUAUUUAUCUAUCUAUCUAUCUAUCUAUCUAUCUAUCUAUCUAUCUAUCUCAGUCUUUUCGUAUCUAUCUAUCUAUCUAUCUAUCUAUCUCAGUCUUUUCAGUCUUUCUAUCUAUCUAUCUCUCAUCUUUUCUAUCUAUCUAUCUAUCUAUCUAUCUAUCUAUCUAUCUAUCUCAGUCUUUUCGUAUCUUUCUAUCUAUCUUUCAUCUUUUCGUAUCUAUCUAUCUAUCUAUCUAUCUCAGUCUUUCGUAUCUAUCUAUCUAUCUAUCUAUCUAUCUAUCUAUCUAUCUAUCUCAGUCUUUUCGUAUCUUUCUAUCUAUCUAUCUCUCAGUCUUUUCGUAUCUAUCUAUCUAUCUAUCUAUCUAUCUAUCUAUCUAUCUAUCUAUCUAUCUAUCUAUCUCAGUCUUUUCGUAUCUUUCUAUCUAUCUUUUAGUCUUUUCGUAUCUAUCUAUCUAUCUAUCUAUCUAUCUAUCUAUCUAUCUAUCUAUCUAUCUAUCUCAGUCUUUUCGUAUCUUUCUAUCUAUCUAUCUCUCAGUCUUUUCGUAUCUAUCUAUCUAUCCUCUAUCUAUCUAUCUCCAGUCUUUUUCAUAUCUUUCAUCUAUCUAUCGCUCAGUCUUUUCGUAUCUAUCUAUCUAUCUAUCUAUCUAUCUAUCUAUCUAUCUAUCUAUCUAUCUAUCUAUCUAUCUACAGGGACUUGGCCGUUUGCAAGAGGAAUGUUUUCUAAAUUUCUUCUUCUUCUUCUUCUUCUUCUUCUUCUUCUUCUUCUUCUUCUUCUGCUUCUUCUUCUUCUUCUAG